AUGGAGCUCACAGAAGACAACGUUGCAAAGCUACCCAGCGAUGGAUCUUUUUUCUCCUCUUAUUUUCCUUCUACGAACUCGCCCACGCCAGUUCCCGAAAACCCACCUGAUGUUAGGAUUAGCUGGUCAAAGACAGUCAUCGGACAUAUCAUGCAUGCCCUCCGCCAGUUGGGUCCAGAAGGCCGCCGUAUUUUAGACGAAGACGAGCUAUAUUUCGCCAAGAAGCAUGAUAUUCGCUUUCGUAACAGCGAGAACCACAUGCAAGAUAUGGAUAAUCCAGAUUAUUGGGAGGCAAAGGAGAAAUAUCUCGAAGAGAAAUACAAGCUUCUACAUGCCGAGCUGCAUCCAGUCAACCCAUUCUCACCAGAUUCUAGCGACAUAUGUGCUAUCCCACAAGCCGAGAUGGAUAGGAUGUGUUAUCGCGAGGAGCGAAGAAGGAGGCGAACAGAAGCGUGGGUAUCUUCCAUUAGCCAAGAAUUACAAGAGUAUCCUCGCAUAGUUGAUAGCCCGGUAUCCCAUCGUUCAGAACCACCUUCGACUACUACAUGUCCUGUCGACAAGGACCAGCUGCCUUCUCUACAACUGCCAGCUCAGCCUGAAGACGCGGUAGCUACAGUGGAACCCGAGACUAGGACCACUAAACGGAAGCGAUCACGAAUGGAGAUUGAGGAUGAGGAUGAUAGUCACGCUCAUAUUUCCAAGAGAAGUGUCCAGGCACGCUUGUCUCGCGAAACUCCAAGUACAACAAUCAUAGAACCGGCAAGGAAAAGGCGAACAGCGAAGAAAGCCACUUUGCCUACUUCACCAAGCCGCCCAAUAACACUGAGGAGAAGUGCUCGAAUUGCAGCGCUACCCAAGAUCAAGUAUCCUAAAUAA